AGGCCGGGGACGUGGCGCGCGCCGAGCGCUGGGCAGGGGUCAUGCGCGAGCGCUGCGUCCCCAUGGACGGCGUGAGCUUCAGCACCCUGAUCCACGCGUGCGUCAAGUCCGGCUCGCCCGGGCGGGCCGAGAGCUGGCUGGAGGAGAUGCAGCGCAGCGGCGAGGAGGUCACCGCCUACUGCUAUGACGCGGUGGUCCAGGCCUUCGGCCAGGCUGGCGAGGCCGACCGCGCGGAGCAGUGGCUGCAGGCCGCGCUGGAGGCGGGCCACCCGGCCACCGGCGCAGGCCUCUCCGCCGCCGUGGAGGCGCACGCGCGCGGCGGUGACCCCGAGAAGGCCGAGCGCUGGCUCGACGAGAUGGUCCAGCGGGGCCUGUGCACCCCGGCGGCGUGCCGAGCCGUCGCUGCGGC